UUUACAAGUGUCAGUAAAGAAUCGUCUCCUACUAUUGCUGGGAAUGAACAAUUAAUUAAAUAUCUCUCUCACCAGGCGGAGUCAAGUGAUGCCUGUGCAUGCUCGAUGUCUUGACUCCCAGUAGGAAUUCCAAAAAAAAAAAUAAAAAAGAAUACAAAAUGAAAGCCACCCUGCGGCGCGUCUCGGACCCCUUGAGGUGCCAACACCUCUGGGACGCCAUCACCACCAUACGCAACCACAAGCAGCUGCCCUCAUUCGACAGAAUUCGAAGAUACAUGAGCCGCAUGCACAAUAUGGAGUCAGAUGAAGUGGAGAAGCACCUGGAGGAGUGUGCAAGCGAUAACCUCAUUGCUGUGACACGCAAAGUGGGGCAAAAGGGCUCGAAAGUCGGCAUCGAACAGGAGGGCUUCCGAUUGCCAACACCUCCGGAAGAGCCAGACCGCCACGAUUGGUACUGCUUUGAGUGCCACUCGGGGGGAAUGGUCGUGUGCUGCUCCAAGUGUUACCGGGUCUUCCACGAAGAUUGCAUCAACGUAGAGGAUAAACCAUAUAAUAACGAGCCAUUUGUGUGUGUCAUCUGUAAGAAACGCUUAUAUCAGAGAAGUGUAAAGAGUCGAAUUAGCAGAGAAGAAUUAAACAUGCUCUUAGCUUUUACAGUAGGAAGACUCAAGGAGAGAAUGAUUCUCCCGACGCAGCUCCCAGUAAACAUCCUGGAGAGGGUGAUCCCGGCCCCAUCUCAGAAGCCUGGCGUGUUCCUGAGUGACCGCGCAGCCACCAGCCAGCACACUCUCACACGUUCAGAUCAGCUGAGUGGGGUGUCUGCCUCCGAGCCAUGGAGAGCGCAGUUGCUCCUCCACCACCAGAUGGACCUCAAUACCAUGGAGCAGAAGACCAUCGACUGCAGAUACAAGACCAUUUAUGAUUUUGAGAUUGACGCUUUAACCAUUGUACAUAAUGUAGUUAUCUAUCAAGGAGUCCACAGCAGUAUGGCAGACAUGGCGCGGCAGAUGUUGCGUGACUGUCAGUACGACCUGGUGGAACUCGAGCAGUGCAAAGACUGCUACCGUAUGUCCAACGAAAAGUCCGACAAAUACUGGUUCUGUAAGCCAUGCAGACCGCCACACCAGCUUGUAUAUGCCAAGCAGAAAGGCUUUCCAUAUUGGCCCGCUAAGGUAAUUAAAGUAGAAAACGACCUUUACGACGUUCGGUUCUUCGGUAGCCAGCAUCAGAGAGCCGUCAUCGAAAAAACACAUAUUCGUCCAAUAUCAGUUAACAUUCAUACUCUGCAGGUAAAAAGGACAUCAGCCUGGAACAAGGCAUGUGAGGAGCUCAAAAAACACCAGGAGUUACUCUCUUCCGUUGGCACCGAGCCAGACUUGCGCAACUCCCGUACCGACAACGACAAGAUGCUUACAGAUAACCUCAGACACCAAACGCAACUGCUGUCGACGCCGCCCAAGAAAGAAGUGAAGGAAGAAGAGGAUGGCAGUGGAAGUGACGAAGGCAUGAACGAAGCGGAUGAGAAUGAUGAUGAAGACGACGAUGAAGAAGAGGAGGAGGAAGACGAGCGUGAAGGAGGGGAAGAAGAGGAGGUGGAGGAGGAGGAGGAGAGAGAAGAAGAGCAAGCCUCAUCGAUAUCGUCCACCUCAAGAGCCAAACGCUCCAAAAUGAGAAAGAAAGAACCUCCAGCGCCAGAAGAUGUGGUUUCAUCAUCCAGCCAGGAACUCCCCACGCGAUCAAUAGGGGUCCAGACGUCCAUGAGGUUAAUGAAGAUGGUUUUGGAAGAAUUUGGUGAGCGUAGCAACAAAAGAAGCAAAGACACAGAGAAAGCCAUGAGAGACCUGGCAGAGAAGCUCCGCCGAGAAUACGAGAGUGAGAAGCAGAAGGUGAUCCAGUCGACGAUGAAACAGAUGGAGAAGGAGAUGGAGAGAGUCAAGGAAGAGUACAGGAACAAGAUCUCCGACAUUGAAGACAAGCACAAGCACAUCAUCUCAGACACCAAGAAGAAACAAUGGUGCUGGACGUGCGAAGCCGAGGCAAUCUACCACUGUUGCUGGAAUACGGCUUACUGUUCGAUUGAGUGCCAGCAGGUACAUUGGCACAAAGAACAUAAAAAGCUUUGCCGCAGAAAGAGGUAAUUUAGUGCAAAUAGUGGGGCUGUGUUUGAUGUGAGAUACAAGAAGAGUGAGUUUUAUUAGUAUUGUCAUUGGUUUGCUGUUAUUAUCAUUAUUAA